UCUGUCUCUCACACACACACACAGACACACAACAAGUUUCUUGCAACUCCUUCAGAGCCUAAAAUGUCAUGACUUCAGCAUCUCGCAGGGAAUGCACUCUGACUUAAGGCAAUGUUCACAUGUCUUAAGGAUUUCUGUGGGGGUUAGGGAGACACAGGUUCGGUACCAUGCGUAACGGGACGCUGACGCGUAAGCGGCGCUCUUAUGGAGUAUAGCUUGCUGUUUUGUCAGACCUCCUGCACUGUUUCGUUUCACACGGGAAAGAACAGACUCCUGGUCGCGUGCAUCAUGCUGACACUUUGGGUGUACAUGCUUUACUGCUGCGUGGGUUAUUGCGCCUCCGUGCCGAGGUUCGCGGUGGACUCGGGCGGGAAAGGGACGAAGCCGGAGACCGCUGUGGAUCCCUUCAGGGACGUUUACUCCAAAGCGCACUCGAGGGACUUGUUAAACAACGAAAACGACCUGGACAGCAGAGCAGACGAGUGGGAUGAGAGUAAGGCUGAAAUAAGGGCUGUGGAGGAAGAGACAGCGGCGACAGGUGCCUACAACGGGACGGAGAUGAAGAAAUUGCCACAGGCCAUCAUCAUCGGGGUGAAGAAGGGCGGCACGCGCGCGCUGCUUGAGUUCCUGCGCGUGCACCCUGACAUCAGGGCUGUGGGCGCGGAGCCGCACUUCUUUGACCGGAACUACGAUAAAGGACUCGAGUGGUACAGAGAGCUGAUGCCUAAAACUAUAGAGGGCCAAAUCACCAUGGAAAAGACCCCAAGCUACUUUGUGACAAAGGAGGUCCCAGGCCGCAUCUAUGCCAUGUCGAAGGACACUAAGCUGAUUGUGGUGGUGCGGGACCCGGUUACACGAGCCAUCUCAGACUACACACAGACGCGUUCCAAGAAACCAGACAUACCCUCCUUUGAGAGCCUGACCUUCAAGAAUGCAACAGCAGGCGUGAUUGAUGCCACAUGGAGUGCAUUGCAGAUUGGUAUGUAUGCCCGGCACCUAAAGCGCUGGCUGCAGUUUUUCCCACUCAGUCAGAUGCUGUUUGUGAGCGGUGAGCGGCUAAUCACUGACCCAGCUGGUGAAAUGGAGCGUGUGCAGGACUUCCUAAACUUAAGGAGGUUGAUCACAGAAAAACAUUUCCACUUUAACCCAGCCAAGGGCUUCCCAUGCCUAAAAAAGCCAGCAAGCAACAGCAAGCCCCACUGCCUGGGCAAAACCAAAGGACGCACACACCCUAACAUCCGUCCGACUGUGGUCCGUCAACUGCAAGACUUUUACAAGCCAUUUAACAAAAAAUUUUACCUCAUGACUGGGCAAGAUUUUGGAUGGGAUUGACAAAUGAUUGACAAAAAAACACUUUGUAAAAAAAAUUAUUUGUGUAAAAAGAAUAGAAGUCUAUUUAAUGCUAUUUAUUGCAUUCAAUCCAUUUUUAUGGGAAUUGGUGAGCUUAUUAUUUAAUAGGUUUGAGUAACUGCAUUACCAAAUUGGGACCUUUGAGGUGAAUGAGCAGUAGAAAUUCAAAUGAGGAGAACCGUCCCCAAAAGGAAGACAAAAGCACAAUGAAAUUAGUAACGGGUAAACAGUGCCAGUCUUGUGCAGAGAAAAUGUCCUUUUUCUUUAGUCCAUCCAUCAAGCAAUAGCAUCUCUUUUAAGUGUCUAUACAAUUUCUAUCCUUAGAAGCAAAGCAUUCCAGACCCUAAUCAAAUUGUUCUGAGUCCAUUAUCUCAUAAUGUUUUCUUAGCAUUUGAUUAAUCUCAGAGAAAGGGUCUUUUAGGAUGGGUCAGUUUGGUGUGCCAGCUGAUCCACUACUAGUUCAGGUUGAUCAAUACACUACACUAAAUGAUACACAACACCAAUUAUGAUGAAAAAAAAACUGACAGACACAAGCUCGGAGGCAAAAAAGAAACUGUCCUUAUAUUGAUUCAACUCUGGAGGGAUUUUACAAUAAUAUUUAACCUAAUUUUAUUUGUCAGCAGUGCUUUAUGUUGUUAUAGAAUAUAUAUAAAAUUAUUAAUUUAUAUUUGUUUUAUUGAACAAUUCUACCUGAAUCCUGGGAACUUUAAAGAAUAUAAGGUCUAAUGUUGCCAAAAUGUGUGACUCCUCUGACGAGGGAGUUCACAAACCUCUCCAUACCAUAAUCGAGUGCUUCUUCGCUGGGAGGAGAGGUUAUAGUGUCAUGGCCUCGGUAUUUUGUUGAAGAACAGGAUAGGGAGGACAAAUACUCCCAGAUUCUUUGGCAGAGCACGGCAGGAUCAUCAGACCUAUUUGGAUGACCUCAGAACUGGACUUCGGAACUAAACAAAACGAAUAAAUAAACUGAAAUGCUGAUUAAGCCAUGUUUGUCACAAAUAUAAAGUGCUUGAUUCAGGGAGAUCAGAGGACAUGGAUUCAAUUCAUAAUAGCAUAACACUGAUCUUGCUAUUUCAUAACACACUGUAUUUCCAAUAGUUUAUGUUAAAUAACAGAGAAACACUAAGAUGUAAAGAUCUACAACAUCAUCUGCUUGGUUUAAGUCAUAAGUUACAUUUUUAGGCACAGCAAGAAAAGAACAGAGUUUCUUCGGACAAAUAUUUUUAUAAACAGGUUAUGUAUAUUUGGUUGAGUUUUAUUCAACCCUAUUAAGGAAAUGACAUUUUCUCUUCUUAUGGCUUUCCAGAGUAAGUUGUUCAAACCGAAUACUCUAUUUAUUGUGGUAUUCAAAUGUUGUUGCUUUUUUCUUUUCAAAUUGAAACAAAAUGCCUGUCAGGAGAUUGAUACUAUGAAUACUUUAUGAUACAGUAUUCUUCUGCAAUGAGAAAAUAAAUCUAUU